AUCAUCGGCUGUCAUCAUGGAGUCCCAGCAAACGGCGCCUCAUCGCCACCACGCCCACCACCACCAUGACCCUCACAACGUCGCACUUCACCGAAGUGUGGAAGGGGAAGAAGAUGGGCAGCAUCAUGAGAAGAAGUCAGUGUUGAAGAAAGUUAAGGCAAAGGCUAAGAAGAUUAAGGACCGAUCACUAAGCAUGGACAUGGCCACGAUCACUAAGCAUGGACAUGGCCACGAUCACCAUGAGCCCGAGGAUCACGAAGAUGAAGAAGGUGGAGGAGCUGUGGUGGAUCCUGAACUUCAAGGGGCACCAUUGUAUGAAGGCGCUGUAAUGAGGAGCGCUAUGGCCGGAAAAGGGCAGCAACAAGAUGUCGGAAUUGGAUUGCCGACAGAGGUGCACGAUCAGCCUCCUCCGGCUCCAAGAGAAACCGCAAGCCGUCCCUCUGCUGUUGAGCCAAACACGACCAUGUCUUUGUCCCCAUGGAGGUUGGAGGAGGGUCCUCAGGCGCCUAAAGACAAAGCUCCAUACCCUCACACUCCUCAUAAUUCCGAGGUCAAAGCUUUGGAUCCAGCAAAAAGAGGGAACAAAGAAACAGGGGAUUCUCAGACAUUCGAUUCAUUUGCAAGAAUGAAGCUCAACCACGAAGACGUACAGACCCGUCCCGGCUUAGCUAGUGGAAUAGACCAAGGAAAUCAGAGCAGCUCCGGGGAAAAGAUCUCAGGCGUGGGUUCACCCAUGCGGGGUAAAGCAGAGGAAAACACAGACACCAACUCUUCUUCGCCAUUGGAGUAUGGAAGGAAGAUAGCUUUAGCAGUGACAGAGAAGCUGAAGCCAGGGGAGGAAGACAAAGCACUUUCAGAGGUGAUAUCGGAGGCUUACAACACAAGUAAAGAGAAGGUAGUGAAAGCUGGAGAAAAUCAGCCCAAAGGGAAGGUAACAGAGUCCGAGGAAUUGACUCAGCGACUGGGGGGAGAGGAUAAUAAUGAAGGAACACAGAGAUACUCCCCAGCAACCUCCACCACUGCAGCGACGGUGAAGAAUAUGGCGGAUAUGGUGAGGGACAGUGUGGGGUCAUGGAUGGGAAAAGGUGGAGAUCCUAAUACUUCAUAAGGGGUUGAAGGAUUUACAGAUUCUACGGCCGCGCGGGAGAGGAGGCGGAGUAGUCCGGCGAUUAACCGGGAUCAGUAGAGAUUUCGAUGUUUUUAAGAGAAAUACAUAUGUAUACAUAUAUAUAUAUGGAAAAU